CACAUGACGGAAACAGAUGCCCACUACAGGAGCGAAGUGAUGGAUCCAGAAGAAAAGUACAAAAUGAACCACACGAGGCGAGGGAUCGCUUUGAUCUUCAACCACGAGGAGUUCCACUGGUACCUGGGUCUGAAAAGCCGUGUGGGCACCUGUGUAGACCGGGAGAAUCUCCGUCGCAGGCUUCUGGAACUAGGUUUCCAGGUGAAAUGCUACGACAACCUCAGAGCGGAAGAAGUACUGCUCAAAAUGCAUGAUGCAUCAACCGCCAGCCAUGUCGAUGCUGACUGCUUUCUCUGUGUUUUCCUGAGCCAUGGCGAAGGCAAUCACGUUUAUGCCUACGAUGCUAAGGUGGAAAUUGCCACGCUGACAGAUUUCUUCAAGGGCGACAAGUGUCAGAGCUUGGUGGGCAAGCCCAAGAUCUUCAUCAUUCAGGCCUGUCGUGGUGACAAGCACGAUGAGCCUGUCCAGCCCAUGGACGAUGUAGACUCGACCCGUCUGCUUGACAGCAACGAGACCCAGGUGGACGCAGCAUCCGUGCACACACUGCCUGCUGGGGCCGACUUCAUCAUGUGCUACUCGGUGGCUGAAGGGUAUUUCUCGCACCGGGAUACCAGGCAUGGCUCGUGGUACAUCCAGGAUAUGUGUGAGUUGCUGGCAAGGUACGGCACGGCCCUGGAGUUCACAGAGCUGCUCACGCUGGUUAACAGGAGGGUGUCCCAGCGCCGCGUGGAUGUCAGCAGGGACCCAAGUGCCAUCGGCAAGAAGCAGAUCCCUUGCUUCGCCUCCAUGCUCACCAAGAAGCUGUGCUUCCUCCCCAAGCCCCAGUGA